AUGUUUGGCAAAGGUUUUCCUCAGUUAAAUUCUGGAGGAUUUUAUUCUCGUGAAGCCAUUGACUCGAGAAGACCUGGCGGGUACACCAGCAAAGUCCGAGUCCGAGAUCGAUAUCAUAUCGUUGGUUUUAUCAGCAGCGGUACAUAUGGCCGAGUUUAUAAAGCCGUCGGCAAGAACGGCAAGAAAGGUGAAUUCGCCAUCAAAAAAUUCAAGCCUGACAAGGAAGGCGAGACCAUCCAAUACACUGGCCUCUCGCAGUCCGCCAUCCGGGAAAUGUCGCUAUGCACAGAGCUUUCCCAUGCCAAUGUCGUCCAGUUAGAGGAAAUCAUCCUCGAAGAUAAAUGCAUUUUCAUGGUGUUCGAAUAUACAGAACACGAUCUCCUCCAGAUCAUACAUCAUCACACACAGCCCCAACGCCACGCUAUCCCUGCCUCAAUGGUGCGCUCAAUUCUUUUCCAGCUCUUGAAUGGCCUUCUCUACCUCCACACGAAUUGGGUUCUCCAUCGUGACCUCAAGCCAGCCAAUAUCCUUGUUACUUCAAGUGGGGCAAUCCGCAUCGGCGACCUGGGUCUAGCACGCCUUUUCUACAAGCCCCUCAAUUCUCUCUUCUCAGGUGACAAGGUCGUUGUCACUAUCUGGUAUCGAGCACCGGAAUUACUCCUGGGAAGCCGCCACUACACACCUGCUGUCGAUAUGUGGGCCGUAGGCUGCAUUUUCGCCGAACUUCUAUCCCUUCGACCAAUUUUCAAAGGAGAAGAAGCCAAAAUGGAUAGCAAGAAAACGGUGCCCUUCCAACGAAAUCAAAUGUCGAAGAUCGUUGAGAUCCUUGGCCUACCCCGGGUAGAGUCUUGGCCCGGUCUGCACUCUAUGCCGGAAUAUUCCCAACUUCAGUCCUUCAUGAUGCACCGACAACCUACGCAUAUCCCCCGCAGCUCUAAUCUUGAAGGCUGGUAUCAAAGCUGUCUCAAGAAUGGUGGAUAUUCUACUUCAUCGGUAGCCGGUACACCUGGUGCAGAUGGAUUUAACCUGUUGUCGCAGAUGCUGGAAUAUAAUCCUACGAAACGGAUCACCGCUGAGCAGGCUCUUGAGCAUCCAUACUUCACGAACGGAGGACCCAUCAGUGGGAAUUGUUUUGAGGGCAUUGAUGGUAAAUAUCCUCAUCGUCGUGUCACGCAGGAUGACAAUGAUAUUCGAUCUGGCAGCCUUCCCGGUACCAAGCGGAGUGGGUUGCCGGACGAUUCGUUGAUGAGGGCCACAAAACGACUUAAAGAGUGA